AUGUCUGUCGCUGCCAUCCAACGGCUCCUGUCGCUGUCGGCGCUAGCUGCAGUCUUGAAUCUCCCCCGCGUGGCGGCGAGCUGCAAUCAGACCUAUCUCGACGGCGGGCUCACCAUUCUUUCCCAGAAUCUCCUCGAUGGCGCGGAGAAUGAUGGCUCGGCUGCAAUUCUCGUGAGCAAGCCGGACACGUAUAGCGCGACAGAGACCGUCUGUAAGCUUCUUGGCGAAAAAGUCUGGAACCCCGAUAUUCAAGACUUCGGAGCUGCACUGAACGUCUCCCUGGCGUACCAAGUCUUCCAGGGCCUGGCUCGUGAGGACGAGCUGUACUGGGUUGCAAAGAAGGAGCCGAAGGGCAGUGCCUGCAGGGCUAUCAAUCCCAACGGCGAGGUGUCGGAGGUCGAGUGUGGAAGCAAGAUUUCCGGGCUCUGCACCCAGAGCGCGCCGGUUUCGAACUCGUCCUUCGCCGACAACUCGGCGCCGUGGCAGGUCAAGCAGCUAGUCGACAAGGUGCAGCUCACCGGCUACCGGGACUACCACACGUGGAAGUUCCGCGGCAUCCGGUUCGCCGACACGCCGGACCGCUUCACAUACUCCAAGGUCAAGUCCUUUGCCGAACCUGCCGAAGUCUCGGCCAUCGAGGCGGGCGCAGACUGCGUCCAGCCGAUCGGAGAAGUCAGGUCCGGGAGCAGCGAGGACUGCCUGUUCCUCAACGUCUGGACCCCGUAUCUCGCUCCGAAGGACGACGACAAGAAGACGGGACUGAGGCCGGUCAUGGUUUACCUCUACGGCGGCGGGCUGCAGAGCGGCUCCGGCAAGAACUCCAACACGGACGGCACGAACCUGGCGUCGCGCGGGGACGUCGUGGUGGUGUCGGUGAACUACCGUGUCGGGAGCAUCGGCUUCCUUGCCUUCAACGAUGGCGUGCACACGGGCAACUACGGCGUGUCGGACAUGGUGACGGCGCUCGAGUGGGUCAAGGAGCACAUCCACAACUUCGGCGGCGACGCGAGCAGGGUGACUCUCUUCGGCGAGUCGUCCGGCGCGCAGUCGACGCACUUCAUGCUCUCCUCGCCAAAGGCGAAGGGCCUUUUCCACAGGGCUAUCAUGCAGUCCGACCCGACUGGCUACCCCAUCUCCGGCCAGUUCGCCCCGGCGCAGUACUCCUCGCUUGAGGACGUGUACAGCUCUCUAACCACGAAAGUGCUCGCCCAGGCUGGGUGUCAGAACGCCACAGAUGCCAUUGCCUGCUUGGAUAAGAUUGGCGGCUUCGAUCUGGUUAACCUUUCAACCAACGCCAACGCCGUCGUCACGGACGGAACCUACAUCGUCGACCACGAGCUUGACCUUAGCAAGCCGGGGUACGCAGCUGAGGUCGACGUCAUGACGGGCUUCAACCGCGACGAGUCGGGCGUGCUGGUCGACGACUACCCGGAGGAAGGCCAAGCGUUCGCCGACUACUUCGCCAACAAGGUGGCCUCGAUGUUCAGCCUGGAGUCCAACUACACCUCGGGCGCCGACCUCGCUCCCUUCUUCCCCGCGGGACCCGACAACGCCACGGCCGAGCAGGUCUUCAACGCGUCGAUGCGCAUCGCCUCGGACGGCGCCUUCAAGUGCCUCGACAUGGCCAAGGCCUACUCCGGCGCGCUCAACGGCGCCUUCGCGUCCACGUACGCCUUCGAGUUCAACCGCACCUACAACCCGUCGGGCUACACGCGCACGUGGUGCGACGCGCCGGCGACCGACGCGCGCCCAAACGGCGACCCGGACGCCGAGUACUACAAGUGCCACGCGGGCGAGCAGCUCGUCGUGUUCGCAAACGAGCGGCGCGCCGGCCAGCCCGACCGCGACGGCAACGAUCUCGCCUUCAUGCAGCUCGUCGUCGACUACUGGUCGGCGUUUGCCCGCGCCGGCGACCCCAACCCGGACCGCGAGUACCUCGCCGUCAGGGGCCACACGGAUUCGCUCGCGCAGGUGGACGCGACGGGGGCGUGGAGGCCCGUGGAUCCGAAGGCGCCGACGCUGAGGCUGCUGCAGUGGAAUGGCGCGCAGGUGGGCUUUGUUGAGGUUAGCCAAUGCGAGGCGCUGGGGUUAGCUUUCGAUUCUCUGGAGUCGUGAAGGGGGGAGGGGAAGGGAGAGAGAUGAAGAAAAGGCGCCUUCUACCGCCUACUCGGUCAGGGAGGUGAUAUCAGGUACCAGAAGCAACCGACUCAUCGAGCUGUCCAAAAUCUCAGAAGAAGAACCCUCAUUUCUGGCCUUCCUGAU